AUGCAUUUAGGAAUUUCAUUUACUACUACUCUUUACUUUUUCAUCUUCGUGGCAACUUGUUUGACUCAAGAUCAAGAUCGAAAUUCGGUCCUGACAAGUGGUAUGGAGAAGAAAAAUCAGGAGAUGCCUUCUUCAGACCAUUCUGGUGGUGGGCGCCGAGCUCGAGGUUUAGCAUCUGAAGAUCGUUUUGUAAAAUUGAUCACCAGAGCCGACACUUCAACUGGAAGUAGCUCUGGUAAUUCUUCCACUGGCAAUUCGAUCGGAACCCUUUCCUCUGGUAAUAAUGAAGUAGAACCCAACCUGAAUGGUCCAAGUGAUCCAAAAGUAUGUGCUACGAUUGUCAAGAACAUGAAGGAGGCCGAAGCAUUGACAAAAGCAGCAGGAAGUCCUGCUGCUAAACGACCAUCUACCGUUCCAUCUUCUUCACCAAAAUCUUCUUCUGGAUCAAGCCGUCGUUCUAAGCUCGCCCAGAUUCAUGAGUUUGAUUUGAACCGCCGUGCUGAUCCUCCAGCAAGUUCAACUGGAUCACAAACUAAUGUGGAUCCUAAUUCAUGUAAAGAAAUGCAAGCAAUGGUUCAAGCUCAAGGAGAAAAAUUGGCUGCAAGUUUAAAGAAGAUGACUUCGGGAGAUGUGACUAGCAAGAAAGACAAUCCUUCAACCGAUUCGAAAACUUCUAACCCCAAGUAA